GUUGUUGGUGCAGCGCCCCCACAGGCCAGGAGGGGAACAGGUUGGUUUGACUCAGAGCCACAGCAGCUGGAGGUGGAGCAGAUGGUGGAGUUCUGGUUCCUAUAGAACCGGGUCUACUGAACUGUUUUGAUGCAACAUCUAAAGACAUCAACCAGGAAGUAAAAGCUCAGAUCCAGAUCGGUCUCCCUGGACAGAGUCUCUCUGGACAACAAAGUCCAGGUUCUGCUGUGGCCGCCACACUGUUUGGUUUUACUGCAGAAAAAAAGUGGGCGUGUCUCUUUAUUAACUGUAUGUAAACUUCUGGUUUCAACUGUAAGCAGAGGUCAUUUUCUCAAACCCGAGCAUGUGGAUGUAUUUUUUCUUUUGGCUUAAUUGAAGAGAAACUGUCAGUUUGUCCUUGAAGAGGCGCCGCGUCAUAGUUAUGAUGCAUCAAAAUGACCUUCAUACCAUCACUGAGCGCUGGCUGCCGGUGAAUUCAUGAGCCCCUCCUCCCGUUCCUCUCGGGGGGAAAGUCCUUAUUAAUAGACCCGAGUCAGAUGCUCUGGCCAAUCACGGCUCCUCCCAACGAAAUGCACUUGAAGUUGGAAGCCUGUGGGAGUGUCGGCGGAUGUGAGGCUGUGUGUGUGAAACCGUGCCGGGCGUGUGGGAGUUUUCUUCUCCGCGUACAGGACAGACAGACUCACCGCGCUGCUGUUUCUCGCAUGGAUUUCUGGAAGGUUCUGCUUCUCUUCGCUGCAGCAGUUGCAGCUGCAGCAGCUGCUGCAGUAAAUGUAACCAGGAAGGUUGGUGACGACGUGACGCUCAGCCUGGGACACAAACUGCUGAAACCUGGCGACACGGUGGUCUGGUCCUACGGUCCAAAGACGGGGGAGGAAAAUGUUCCCUUCAACAUCGACAUCGGGAGUCACGAUAAACUGACCCAAUGGGACCAGUUUGAACUGGAUCUGACCACCGGCGCUCUGACCAUUAAAAAUCUCUCAGCUAACGACUCAGCAGUCUAUCGUGGACAGAUCUUCAAUGGCAACGGGACCAAACGAUUCUUCAACCUGACGGUGAAGGGGCCUGAUCCCAUCCAACCCAUCCAACCCAUCCAACCCAUCCAACCAACAGCUGAAUCUCAACAACAUGCAAACACCUGGAUCAUUAUCUGUGUCGUCGUCGUUUUCAUUCUCAUUUUCAUUCUCAUCUGUUCCCUCAUUGCUUUUAUAGUGAAGAAGAAAAGAUUAUGCAGAGAUGAUACGAUGGUCUGAUUCCCAACAUUCAACCUUCUCUCCAUUCCUCACCACCAAACUGACUCCUCACCACCAAACUGACUCCUCACCACCGGGCCUCGGCUGAUCCAAACUGACUCCUCACCACCGGGCCUCGGCUGAUCCAAACUGACUCCUCACCACCGGGCCUCAGCUGAUCCAAACUGACUCCUCACCACCGGGCCUCGGCUGAUCCAAACUGACUCCUCACCACCGGGCCUCAGCUGAUCCAAACUGACUCCUCACCACCGGGCCUCAGCUGAUCCAAACUGUCUCCUGCCAAAAAAACCUCCAGAUUUCCACUGAACUCUUUUCAGUUCUUCCGCCAGCAUUCCCUGCCAGCAGCAGUGAACGAUGUAUAGAGUCAGAAACUGAACAUUUUAGUGUCAUUCAUUCAUUUCUUGUUCAGAUUCUGGGAGUUUUCUGUUGCUACUGAUCAUGGUUCUCCUUUCUCCUCAGGGAGAACCACUGGGACCUGGUUCAUGUUUGUGUCAUUGUUUCAUGCUUCUGUCUGCCUAGUUCAACAGUUCAAAGACCAAAUUUACCUUAAUGUGCAUUAAUGCAGUCAGUGGGAACUAUCCCAGCGCUACAGCUAAAGCUAACAUCUAGUCUGCAUUCCUGCUGUUCUCAGGGGUUCAGCCAAUCAGCACCAAGGAAAAUAAAUGCUGCUCCAUCAUUUGCUGCUUUGCAAACACCAGCCAGUAAAGUGUGUUAAGUAGCAUUGCAGGUAUUUCAGCUUCCCAGAUCCAUUUUCAUUAGAAUAUUUUAUUCUACAACAAACUAAACAAAGAGCGAUAUUUCACAGAAAACACUGAAACAACGUGCCUAACCUUUGAUUUUACAGUAAGAAUGUAUUCUGUUCAGUUAGCAUUAGCGCUUCAAAGCUAAAUCCCCUAAAACUUUUUGUUGUUUGAUGUUAAGAAGCAUUUUUCAUCUCAGGAUCUCAUAAGGGCUAAAAAAUGGCGAGCAGGUUAUUAAAAGAUUUAAAAGAUCUAACAGUUGAUCACCAACCUUUUAAAAAGCCAAACUUACUGAUUCAGAUUUUGGCCGAUACGCUUUGUCUGAAUUUUGGCUCAAGUUGCUGAACAGUUUGGUCACUAUUGUUACCUUAAACAUGGAGACAUGUCUGUCAGUCAGAGCUUUCUCACAGGAGAGCAGAGGGCAGAGGUCGACUUUUAGACCUUUGCUGACCUUUGCUGACCUUUGCUGAGGUCGAUAACAUCUGUGGAUAAGAUCAGCUUCACAUGUAAAAAUCAAUCGAUCACCCAUCUCCCAAAAUUCAGGAAAUUGGCACCAAUAAAUCGCCUGGCCGAUAAAUCGGUGCACCCUUAGAGAAAACCAAAUAUUUUGCUUAAACAUCUUCAUACUUUCUCCAAAACAGCCAGCAUGUUGUCAUAGGCUCUUAUUUAAUGCUUAAGGUUAAGUUAUUUUAUUUAAAAACAAAAAUCUAAUUUAUUUGAAAUGGACUCAAACUUAAGUGCAUAUGUAAUACCUGCAAAAAUCUGGACCAGGAGUUUGUUCAAUAAAUCAUUAAUGUCAAUUUAAACUGAAAUAAAAAGAUCAAAUUGUGUCUGGAGAACUUUUCUUUCAUCUGAAACUGAUUUUUUGUUCUGUUUAUUUAUUGUUUUAAGUUUUAAUCUUCACAGAUGUUUCUCUAACUGUCUGCUUGUGAAGCAUAAUAAUCAUAAUUCAGUCUUUAUGGUAAUAAUAACUGUGUCAGCAUUUUCUGCCUCAGUCUGAACUGAUUCAGUUUCCCUCUGGUGUGUGAAAGUUAUUUCAGACUGUUGGGUUUUGCGCCUGCAGGGCUGAGUUGCAGGUGUUUGUCCUUUUGCUCCUCCCCUUUGCAGGUGUUGUCGGUCCUUUAAGUAUUUGAGCCUCGCUGGGCCGUCUCCACCUUCUGGGUCCGCUCUGCCCCUUGUGGUUCUCUGCUGUCGGCCUCAGCUCUCCUCCUUUUGCACAUUUGAGUUUGUCUUUGUUUUUGCACCUUUUACAUCACACAUCACAUCCAAGCAUUUGCCUCACACCACUGACACUGACUAUCACAGUUCAUUGUGAUUUUUGUUAAUAAAUAUUCCUUUUUCUGCACUUUAA